GCAUGCGCAGUGUUAAUCUGGGCAAGGUCGGUGUCGGCAUCACCGGGAGAGCAGCAGAGGAUAAGAUACACGGAAUGAGGUAUUAAAAGGGCAGGAUUUGCAGGCAAGAAACUGAAACCAAACAUUUAAUCAGGAUGCAACAGGCUUUCCCCAUUUGGCAUAACCUGGACCGUACCAGAUUUUGAUCAUGGAAGAAAAAGGAUUCCAUUCGCACUGAGCAGAAACUGUCUGUGUCCUGAUUGUAGACAAAGAUUCAGCCCAUCAUCUGGUCGAUGCAAACAUAAACACAUUCACACUGGGGAGAAGCUUUGGAAAUGUGGAGAGUGUGGAAUUUGAUUCCUAUUCCCAUCUGAGCUGGAAGCUCAUCAGCGUAGUCACUCUGAGGGGGGACUGUUCACCUGCUCUGUGUGUGGGAAGGGAUUCCUUUCUUCCAUCCUGCUGACCCACUAGCGAGGUCAUGCUGAGGAGAUCUUUUACCUGAUUGAAUUGUGGGGACUGCAGUCUCUCCAACGUGUGCAUAUGGAUGAGAGCCCAUUUAACUGCUCAGAUUGCGCGACCUGCUGUAAAAGUCCUGGGGAGCUGAAGUCCCAUCAACACGUUCACACUGAGGAGAGACCGCUUAAGUGCUCAGAUUGUGGGAACAGCUAUCAAAGUUCAGGGGAACUGACAUCCCACCAAUGUGUUCACACAGAUGAAAGACCAUUCAGGUGCUCUCACUGCGGAAAAGGGUUCAAAUGUUCAUCUAAGCUCAUUGUACACCAGCGCGUUCACACUGGAGAGAGACCAUUCACCUGCCCUGAGUGUGGAAAGGGAUUCACUCAGUCAUUUAGGCUGCUGAGACACCAGCGGAUUCACUCUGAGGAGAAACCGUUUCAGUGUCCAGACUGUGGACAGUGCUAUAGAAGCUCCGAAGAACUGGUGUCCCACCAAUAUGUUCACACCAAUGAGCGACCCUUCAGAUGCUCUGACUGUGGGACUGGGUUCAAACGAGGAACUGACCUCACGAAACACCAGCGAGUUCACACUGGGGAGAAGCCGUUCCGCUGUUCUGAGUGUGGGAAAGGCUUCAUUAGGUCAUCCCAACUGCUGACACAUCAGCAGGUUCACACUGGGGAGAGACCGUUUAAGUGUACAGACUGCGGGAAAUGCUGUAAAACGUCUGGGGAACUGAUUUCCCAUCAAAUUCUUCACACUGAUGAGAAACCAUUCAGGUGCUCUCACUGUGGGUCACAGUUCAGGCGAUCGUUUGAACUCACCGUACAUCAGCGAGUUCACACUGGGGAGAGGCCAUUCACUUGCUCUGAGUGUGGGAAGGGCUUCACUCAGUCAUCCAAACUGGCAAAACACCAGCGGUUUCACACAGGGGAGAAGCCAUUCAGAUGUUCCGAGUGUGGGAUGGCAUUCUCAGAGUCAGCCAAACUGGUGAAACAUCAACGAUUUCACACAGGGGACAGGCCAUUCAGAUGUUGUGAGUGUGGGAAAGGGUUCACUGACUCAUCCGACCUGCAGAAACAUAAGCGAAUUCACACAGGGGAGAGGCCAUUCACCUGCACCAAAUGUGGGAAGGGAUUCAUUGAUAGCUCUCAUCUGCUGAGACACCAGCGGGCUCACACUGAUGAGAGACCUUUUCAAUGCCCAGAGUGUUGGAAGUGGUACAAAAGUUCUGAGGACUUGAUCCGUCAUCAACGUGCUCACAGUAACGAGAGACCGUUUAGGUGCUCUCACUGCAGCACUGGCUUCAAGACAUCAUCUGAACUUGUUAGACACAAGCGCAGUCACACAGGGGAGAAGCCAUACAUUUGUUCUGAGUGUGGGAAGAGAUUUACUUAUGCAUCCAGCCUGCGGAAACAUCAGCGUGUUCACCAUUAAUGACCAUGAUUAGAUGUUGCCGUUGAUCACUGUCUGGGACACACGCACCAAACAACCCCGUUGCCCCGUGGCUGACAACUUUAACUGCUCCUCCCACUCUGCCAAGGACAGGCAAGUACUGGGCUUCCUCCACAGCCAAGUCCAGGCCACACAACACCUGGAGGAAGAACACCUCAUCUUCUGCCUUGGGACCCUCCAACUACACAACAUCAAAGUCAACUUCAUCAGUUUCCUCAUCUCCCCUCCCCCACCUUAUCCCAGAUCUAACCCUCCAACUUAGCACCGCCCUCUUGAACUGUCCUAUCUGUCCAUCUUCCUUCCCACCUAUUUGCUCCACUCUCUGCUCCGACCUGUCCCCAUCACCUCCCCCACCUGCAUCUACCUAUCGUGUUUCCAAAUACCAUCCCCCAAGCCCACCCUUCUAUUUAUCUCUCAGGCUUCCCCAACCCACGCCACAUUCCUGAUGCAUGACUUAUGUCUGAAACAUCGACUCUCCUAUUCUUCGGAUGCUGCCUGACCUGCUGUACUUUUCAACUCUGAUCUCCAGCAUCUGCAGUCCUCACUUUCCUCUUGUUGUUGAUCAUGUCCAGCAGUGAACCCUGUUCAGUGGCAUCUGUUCCAAAUAAUCCUGAUGAACUUCACUCACGUUUUAUAUUGUAUUAUUAUGUGAGAUGAAAGGUAAAUAAAUCAGUUUGGUGUUAAA